AUGUCGACGCGCUCUGGUAGCCCGCGGCCGGACAUCGCGCCCACCCCCACGUCGAGCACGCCCCCACCUCCUGCGCACCAGGCUAUACCAACAGACGUCCGCCCAGAGGACGCGUUCGACGACUCUGGGAUUGUCAUCGAAGGACUUUCUGGCCUAACACCCUCCCCCCAACCUUCCUCGACCCCGACGACAGGAUCCUCCUCCCCUGUAGCGCCUUUCCAAAAAGCGGCCUCGUUAACACCCCCACCGUCGGUGUCUUUCGAAUCACAGCCUGUCAAGUGGAAGGGUCUUCCCCUCGAGGCUGCGCUAUGGACCCUCGACUCGGAAGAGUUGCAGGAGAUCGUCUCGCGCGCCAUACGCUCAUCGGCACGCGAGUCGUACAUUCGCAUCCUCCCCGUGCGCCGCAUCGAUCACACCCUCCCUAACGAGCUCGCGCGCCUGGAUGCUGCGCGAGCGUCCGCACAAGCCCGCUACCGGUUCGGCGUGCACAGGCGCACCAUGCUUCUGCAGGCCCUCGCCGCGCAUUCGGGCGGCGCCGACGCUGCAGAAUAUUCGGCCCACAUCGCCAAGCAGCUUUCCGACGUAAUGGCAGAGUGCGACGCUUGCACGGACGCGCUGGUGCGCGCAGUCGACCAUACUGCGCAGAUCAACCGCCUUCUCGACCAACACUGGGGCAGCGCGCUUGCGAUCGCGCUGAGGAAGCUCAACACCAGCUACGGCCGUCGCUCUACGCAGCUCAGCACGGCACGCGAGCGUAUCAGCCAGCUUGAGGCUGAGGUCGAUGAGGCAUGGAACCAGGCGCACAAGAUGGCACAGGAGAUUGAUCAAAUCGAGGAC